GUAAGGAUUCUGCGGCUCGUGCAUGGAAACCUCAUUAUCCGAUGUGAAUAAUGAUAAAACUGUGCACGGAAUAGAUCCGGAUUUAUACUUCAAGUUAUUGAGGUUGCAUCGCAUUCGGACGGUCGGAGACAUAAACUUUUGUAAUUCCUCCGUUCGACCCCUGACCAUGACCUCACCAUCGUGGAGAUGGAAGGGUUAUGCAAGAAGGGGGAUAUUGGCCGAGUGGGUUUAAGAUACACCCGUCCAAUGCAUCCCAAGCUACCGUGUAAAUCCGACCAUCCGUCAACCCACCGAACCCACUAUAGAUAGUCGAGGAGGCGGGCAGUCGAGUCUUCGUCGUUAAUGCGCCCUAUCAUAGCCACGAGAGUCCGACGCAGGCUCCGACACGGGAUUCUAAAUUCAUAUAAGUUAGAACACGCUCCUGUCACUUGGGAUAGAGACAGUUCUUUAAAACUCCAAAGAUCUUUACCGCGUCUACGGCAUACGCAUACUUAGCAAAAUGGCGCCUCUAGGUCUGGAGAGUCCGCUCGAUUUUGUUUUUAUAGGCUGUGCACUAGUGAUUGCCACUGUUGUGGGUAAGGCUUUCUACAAUGUCUUUCUGCACCCUCUACGAUCUUUUCCUGGCCCGUUCUUAUGGAAGCUCACACCUCUCUUCAAAUAUAUACGCUUGUACCGGGGUGACUUGCCUAUAUAUAUGAAAGAAUUACACGAUAAAUAUGGACCAAUUGUGCGAAUAUCCCCGCACGAGCUAGCAUUCAGUGACCCCCAAGCUUGGAAGGACAUCUACGGUCAUCGCCACAAUGGUGCGCCGGAGUUCCCUAAGUACGACGGUUUUUACCGGGCUGUCGACAACGUUCCUCGAGGUCUCAUCCACGCUUUUCGAGAGGAGCACAGCUUCCUGCGACGCCAAUUGUCACACGGAUUCUCAGAGCGGUCAAUGCAGCUCCAAGAGCCCAUUAUCGGAUCAUAUGUAGAUCUGCUGAUUUACCGACUGCAAGAACGAUGUGGCGAUGGCUCAAAUCCUUUGAAUAUGCGUGAGUGGCUAAAUUGGACCACCUUCGACAUUAUUGGCGACUUAGGUUUUGGUUCUUCGUUUGGUUGCCUCGACAAGAGUGACUACCAUCCAUGGGUUAAACUCGCCGCCAACUCAGUGCGGCAGGCUGCUUUUAUGAUCGCUCUGUCUGACAUGGGACUCAAGCCUGCAGUGCGGAUGCUCCUGCGACUUAAGAAGCUCUCGAUUACAGAUAACCAGGCAUUAGUUCAGGCGAAGCUGAAGCAGAGGAUAGAAUCUGGCAUCGAGAGGCCAGAUUUCAUUGAAGGUCUCAUAAAGCAUAAGGAAGAGGGAAAACUCGGGUUCAUGCAAAUAGCCACCAACGCGAAUACUAUCAUUAUAGCCGGAAGUGAAACGACAGCGACUCUUCUAAGCGGUGCCGUCUACCUACUUACGACCCAUCCGGAUAAGCUCGAAAGGAUCACCGAGGAAGUGCGUUCUUCCUUCAAUAAUGACGACGAAAUCACAUUAACUUCCGUCGGAAAAUUGUCGUAUAUGCUGGCCUGUCUUAACGAGACCCUCCGACUGUAUCCCCCUGUGCCAACUGGACUGCCACGCCAGUCGCCUGAGGGUGGUGCUACUAUCAUGGGGAAAUACGUUCCAGAGGGCACCGUUGUGGCUGUCUGGCAAUAUGCUGUUAACCAUGACCCGAACCAUUGGACCGACCCCUAUUCUUUUGCCCCAGAGCGGUUUAUGGGCGAUCCGAAGUACAAGGGUGACAAGUUUGAUGCGAUGCAACCAUUCAGUGUCGGCCCGCGGAACUGCAUUGGUCGCAACUUGGCUUACGCCGAAAUGCGCCUCAUCUUGGCCAGGAUAAUUUACAACUUCGAUAUGGCCAUUAAUGAAGACAGCCGAGAUUGGAUGAAUCAGUGUGCUUACACCUUAUGGGAUAAGCCGGCGUUGAACAUCCACCUGAAGCCUGUUGCUCGAUGAGAUUGAUAAUCGGGGAGCUUCUGCAGAAGAUACAUAAGGUAAGCUUUCUCCAGGACAAUUACUCGCUCAUGAGUAAAUUUGUUGAAUCGUAACAACCAACUAAAAGGUAGCUUUAAUUAGACGAGUCUCUGAGGGAUGCUAUUCCCAAAUUGUCUAAGACUGGAAAAGCUAGGUAGUUCUCUAAGAAAGCUCGUGGAUGUUGUCGAGUAGUAUCAACUUUGCACCAUCUUCCUUUGUAAGGGUAUUUUUCCAAGCAGCUUGGAUUUUAAAAAUCUCUCAUGAAUACACUGCUUUAUACCCCUGAAACUGUAUAUCCAUUCUCACUAUUUAUUUCUAACAUACCUGUCUGAUUAUAAGAAGCUAUCUUAUGACGAUGAAUUGAGGUAGCGACUCUUCGUAUCCAUAGAUCUAGGAUAUUCAGGGCGAGCUUCCAUCCCAGGUGUGCAGGGAAGUUCACCGAAGUCAAGUUUCUUAUUUAAACCAGGAUAGUACUGUCGCAUCACUAAGGUUGUAACAACGAAGACACCUUGAAUACAGCCGGCAGUGUCAGUAGAUAGGUGCAUCAUCGGUUCGGUAAAUUAACGAAGGAAUAAUUCCAGCCAAACUCAUAGCUAUGUAGUUGAGGUCUAUUGUGCCCUAUAUUUGCUUAAACUGAGUGUUGAUAGUAG